AUGGAAGCAGCAGAUGUUGGAAAUGUUGCUCCUGUGGAUUUACACAUUAUAACCAUAAAGAAGGAAGAAGAUGAAGAUGAAGGUUACCUCUUAACGAACGAUGAUUUCUGCUGCUACUUGUGUCCAUUUUCCUGUUCGGCCCAGAUUUAUCUCUACAAGCACAUGAAGAGUUGUCACAGCGGCAAAAACGAGACGCUUAUUAAAUCUGAAGAGGAUGAAAGUAAAAAUCCGAGUGAUACUAUUCAAACCUCCUCUGAUCCUCUCAGCAUGAGCACUUCUCAUCAACAACAGCACAACUGCUCGUACUGUGGUCAGAGCUUCAGGUGGCUGAGUGAUCUGAAAGUCCACCAGAACAUUCACACCGGAUACAAACCGUACUGCUGCUCACAGUGUGGAAAGUCUUUCCAAAAACACAAUCUUUUAAAACUUCACCUGCGCAUUCACACAGGAGAGAGGCCGUAUUGCUGCUCACAGUGUGGGAAGUCUUUUAUUCGAGAUUCUCAUCUCAAAAUUCACCAGCGCAUUCACACCGGAGAGAAACCGUACCAGUGCUCGGAGUGUAAGAAAUGCUUCUAUCGACAGUGUCACCUUAAAACACACCAGCUCAUUCACACCGGAGAGAAACUGUUCUCUUGCUCUCAGUGUGGGAAGGGUUUCAUUCAACAUAGUCGUCUUAAAAUCCACCAGCGCAUUCACACCGGAGAGAAAUCCUUUUUCUGCUCACAGUGUGGGAAGAGUUUUAUUCAUUAUUAUCAGCUUAAAUGUCACCAGCACAUUCACACCGGAGAGAAACCGUACUGCUGCUUACAGUGUGGGAAGUCUUUCCUAAAACAGAGUUUUUUAAACAUUCACCUGCGCAUUCACACUGGAGAGAGACCGUAUUGCUGCUUACAGUGUGGAAAGUCCUUUAUUCGAGAUUCUUAUCUCAAGAUUCACCAGCGCAUUCACACAGGAGAGAGACCGUAUUGCUGCUCACAGUGUGGCAAGUCUUUUAUUCGAGAUUCUCAUCUCAAAAUUCACCAGCGCAUUCACACAGGAGAGAGGCCGUAUCAGUGCUCGGAGUGUAAGAAAUGUUUCUAUCGACAGUGUCAUCUUAAAACGCACCAGCUCAUUCACACCGGAGAGAAAUCCUUUUCCUGCUCACAGUGUGGGAAGAGUUUCAGUCAACAAUAUCACCUUAAAAUACACCAGCGCAUUCACACUGGAGAGAAACCGUUUUUCUGCACGCAGUGCGGGAGGUGUUUCAGCGAUGGGAGUGCUUUUAAAAGGCACCAGCGCAUGCACGCCAGAGAGAAGCUGUAUCAGUGCUCGCAGUGCGGAGAGAGUUUUAAACAUCUUACUUAUUUUCAAGUGCACCAGCGCAUUCACACUGGAGAAAAAACAUACUGCUGCUCACAGUGUGGGAAGUGUUUUAUGUUCCAGAGUCGUCUUAAAAGGCACCAGCACAUUCACACUAGAGAGAAACAGCAUCUGGAUUGUGCCAAAUGAAUAUUGAUGACAGGAUGUUAGCAUGUGUUUACUCUUUUAACACAAUAACAACAGUUGUAACAUAUGGGAUACUUGUGUUGAGGUCAUGUGAUUAAAUAAAACUCUAUUUAAUUGCGGUGUCGUGCGUAAACAACUCAGUGGAUCAGUGCGCAUGUGUUUCAGUGAAUCAGUCGUGGUUCAGGCCUUGAAAAUCAGCUGUAUAAACCAAUCAGAGCUUCCGAAUUCAGAUUUUGGGUGGAAUUUCAGUUGUUCCUCUGAUCCAAAGCAAGAUAUGCUAUUUAUUUUUUGUCCAAUGUGCGUCAUUCGGGUGAGCUGGCAACGAAAAACUCUCUUCAUUGGUUGUAGAAUUAUGAGUGACAGUUAACAAAACGUACUUAGUUAAAAAGUUGGUAGAGAUAAAUCCAAAGGAUGAAGAUUUAAAUCAGGUGAUUAGUCAGUAAUUCUAGUUUUCCAUUCUUGUAUUAACCUCCAGUACUGUUGCUUUUACUUUUUACUUUUUACUUGAAUGUUAAAACGUGUAAAUAAAGCUGGAA